GCCAUAAAGACUGGACUGGACUCCACUGGACUCUUCAGUCUUUCAUAUCACAACAAGAAUGGAAGAAAACCUGAACUGAACAUUAUGAAGUAGCCUGUGGAAAUGGAGGCAGAUUUUAUUGUUUCAGAAUGAUGUGUGAAAAAAAAAAUAACUCAACAUGGAAUAACUGUGCUGUUUGAGCUGGCUGAGCCAGUAACACCCUGAAGAACAUGAGCUCCAACCAUCUGAAGGAAGAAGCUGGAGACAUGGACAGCAAAUCCUCCACAACUCCAGCUCAGAUGGUUUCCACGGUUACGGCUCAGACUGGAGGAAGCGUCCAUGCUCCUAUGCUCCACGGAAAUGUGUUUCAGGGACAAGUUAUAAUUAAUCUUGAUUCUUCAAGUGCAGCAUCUAACACACCUGAACCAGCCCAGACAUCACCCACUUCCAACACCAACACGGAUCAAACGGAGGAUUCUCCAAGUGACCAAGUUCUCACUGGAGAUAAGAAUCACUGCAUCAUUAAAGAGAAGUUUCAAACUAGUUUCAAGAAACAGUUUGGAAAACUCUAUGUUGGGACAUCAACAGAUGGAGAUCUUGUUCUGUUAAAGAGCAUCUUCACAGAACUUUAUGUGAUUAAAGGAUGUACUGGUGGAGUGUACAAUGAGCACGAAGUGAGACAAAUGGAGGCCUUUAACCCCAGAACAGAUGAAACUCCAGUUCAAUUCAGUGAAAUUUUCAAAGCGUGCACUGGGCAAAAUCUGAAUGGCACAAAAGUUCUGACAGUUGGAAUUGCUGGAGUUGGGAAGACGGUCUCUGUACGAAAGUUCAUCCUCGACUGGGCUGAUGGAAAAUCCAAUCAGGAUAUAGAUUUAAUUUGGUUCCUUCCCUUUCGGGAGCUGAACCUGAUCAAAGAUGAACAUUACACUCUGCGGGAGCUUAUUCUGUACUUCCAUGGUGAACUACAUGACCUAAAAGAGAAUGAGAUGUUUAGUGGUAACUGUAGAGUGGCUAUUAUACUAGAUGGUCUGGAUGAAAGCAGAAUUCCAUUAGAUUUUAAUCAAAAGAAACUGUCUAAUGCGACAGAGAAGGCUACUAUUGAUAAGUUGCUAACAAACCUCAUCAAGGGUGAGCUGCUUCCCUCAGCUCUCAUCUGGAUAACCUCUCGACCUGCAGCAGCCAACCAGAUCCCUCGUAGGUACUUUGACCAUAUCACAGAAAUACGUGGCUUCACAGACCAGCAGAAAGACGAGUACUUCAGGAAGAUGAUCAGAGAUCAAGAUAAAGCCAGCAGAAUCAUCUCACACAUUAAGUCAUUAAGGAGUCUCCACAUUCUGUGCCACAUACCAGUCUUCUGCUGGAUUGCGGCCUCUGUGCUUCUGCAGAUGUUUACAGAUCACAAAGACAUGAAGACUGCUCCCACAACUCUGACAGAAAUGUAUACGCGUUUUCUCCUGUACCAGACAACACAAAUGAGUGAGAAAUACAACAGGAAAAAAGAAGAAGAAAAUGAGGUUCAGAAAAACAGUGUUGAAGUGUUGGAUGUGCUUAAGCUUGCAAAUUUAGCAUUUCUUCAGCUGGAAAAGGGACAACUCAUAUUCUAUGAGAGUGACCUGAAAGACUGCGACAUAGAUGUCGAUCAAGCUUUGGUGUACUCAGGUGUUUGUACGCAGAUCUUCAGAAAGGACGAGACGGUCUUCAGUUUUGUGCAUUUGAGCUUUCAGGAGUUUCUCGCUGCCUUGUAUGUGUUCCUCACAUUUAAUCCUGAGUGCAACCCACUUAUCCAGAACAUCAGUGAGAAAAUAAAAUGGAGGUUAGGUAAGCAUAGACUGUUUGAUCUCCACAAGACAGCAGUGAAUAAGGUUUUGCAGAGUGAGAAAGGACACCUGGACCUUUUCCUCCGGUUUCUCCUAGGUCUCUCACUGCAGUCCAAUCAGAGACUGCUGAAGAGUCUACAACCACAAAUGAAAAUCAGAGAAGAAAGCCUGAAAGACACAACUGACUACAUCAAGAAGAAAAUCAGGGAGACAGAAUCCUCAGAAAGGUGCAUCAAUCUCUUCCACUGCCUGAAUGAACUCAAGGAUGACUCCUUUGUGACCGAAAUCCAGAACUUCUUGAAAUCAGGAUAUUUCUCAACACAUAGUCUUUCUUCGUCACAGUGGUCAGCCUUGGUUUUUGUGUUGCUGACGUCAGAAGAAACUCAAGAGAAAUUCGACCUAAAGAAAUACAGGCAAUCAAGUGAGGGACUGAAAAGACUACUGCCAGUGAUCAAAAACACAAGACAGGCUUUGUUGGAUCAAUGUAAUUUGACCACAGAGAGCUACAAGGAUUUAAUAUCAAUUCUCAGUUCAGACUCCUCACCACUGAGAACACUGGACCUGAGCAACAAUGACCUACAUGAUUCUGGAAUGAUGCUACUUUCUGCUGGUCUGAAUAGCCCAUAUUGUAAACUGGAGAUCCUGAGGCUGUCAUGCUGUGGUCUCACUAAAGAUGGCUGUGAAGUUCUGGAAUCAGUUCUUAAGUCAGAUUUACCACUGAGGGAACUGGACCUGAGUUACAAUAACCUCCAGGAUACAGGAGUUGAGGUGCUGUCUGCUGGACUAAAGACUUCACAAUGUAAGCUGGAGGUCCUGAGGAUGUGUUGCUGCAGAUUCCGAGAAGACAGCUGUAAAGUUUUGGCAUCAGUUCUCAGAUCAGAUUCUUCAGCCUUAAAAGAGCUGGACUUGAGUCACAAUGAGCUGGAGGACAGAGGAGUGAAAUUUCUCUGUGCUGGACUUGCGACACAACACUGUAAACUGCAAAUUCUGAGGUUAUCUUUGUGCAUACUCACAAAGAAAAGCUGUUUCUUUUUGGCUUCAGCUCUGAAAUCAAACCCUUCUCACUUGAGAGAGCUGGAUCUGAGCUACAAUCACCCAGGACAUUUAGGACUGGAGCUGCUGUCUGCUAAACUGAAGGAUCCACAAUGCAAGCUAGAGACACUCAAUGUGGAUCAUGCAGGGGAGUUCAGGAUCAGACCAGGACCAAGAAAAUAUGCCUGCGAGCUCACUUUGGACCCAAACACAGCACACACACAUCUCUCUUUGUCAGAAGGCAACAGAACAGUGAGUAGGGUACAUACAGACCACCAGUAUCCGGAUCAUCCAGAGAGGUUUCACGACUGGCUUCAGGUGCUGUGUAAGGAGAGUCUGUUCGGUCGCUGUUACUGGGAGGCUGAGUGGAGUACUCAUGCAGCCAUAGCAGUAACAUAUAGAGGAAUUAGAAGGAAAGGAAAGAGCAAUGACUGUGUGUUUGGACUCAAUGAGAAGUCUUGGAGACUUGAUUGUUCUAACGAUGGCUACUAUGUCAGACACAAUGGUGUUUCCACUCUUGUAGAUGUCAAGCCCUCUCACUCCAACAGAGUUGGAGUAUUUCUGCACUGGCUGGCUGGCACUCUGUCCUUCUACUGCAUCUCCUCUGACACACAUACAUUGACCCACAUACAUACAUUCCACUCCACUUUUACAGAGCCACUCUAUGCAGGAUUUGGGGUGUAUUUUAAUGGUUCAUCAGUGUGUCUGUGUCAGAUAUAACCGGUUCUGCCCUCCUGAAGAUGUGGCAUUUCUGAUAUUUGUGAAACAAAAUGCAACAUGCUUGAACUGAUACUGAAAUCUCAUUAGAAACAUGUGCUUUGGUGAGCACUGAACUGAAGUGUGUGGCCACUUAUGAUCUGCAGAGUUCUCCGAGACACCUUAGAAGAAAGACAGUUUCUAUCUCUUGUCCAAUUCAGACAGGAUUAUAUUCAAAUGGGGUCUUGGGGCAAUUUGCUCUUUUACAAAUGAUUUUAUUUUCAUCUGGAUCAUCUAUGUGUUUUUCUCCCUCCUCCACUCAGAAAACUGCAGGCUGAGUUACCUACUUUGAUUUCACCAAACUCAGGGGUGGUCUGAUCAUUUUAGUUCCAUCAGGUUAUACAUCUCAGUGAUGUACCAGGCAGAUGUUGUCUCGUGUUGAAAAAUUUUAGUUGUCUGCUGCUUAUUGUACUUCCUCUCAAAAUGUCUGUAUUAACUUAAAGAAUCUCUGCAUAAUAUAGAAUUUCUUAUAUGCCAUAUAACGGUUCUACCUAGAAUGGUAUGGCCUAGAACCAUUCACAAACCGUUACCAGUGGUCUCUAACCCUGGUCCUGGAGACGUACCUUCCUGCAGAACCUAGAUCCAACAACAAUCUGCCACACCUGCCCUGGUACACCCAUACCAGGAGCACCUUCAAUUUCAAAAUAUUGUACACCGUUUUGCUACAGUUCCCAGGUUGAAUGACAUUUUUUGUCAAAACAGUAUGAGACAAUGUGUGCAGCGGGCUUUGAGGUACAUUUUCUCUCAUUUGAUGGGCAUGACAGAGGUGUUAUCCAAUCAGCAGUGACCUGUAUAUAAACCCUGCUAUAUUAAAAAGGCAACGCACACAACUGAUUCUAAUAAAAUCGCUGUGUUUUGUUGGGGCUGAACACAGUCCAGGUAAUCAUGUUGUGACUGGUUGGUUCAGGUGUGUUGGGAGCAAGAAGAGAACAUGUAGACCGUUUGGGGAUCCCAAACAGAUCAAGCACAUCUCUUCCACCUGCUUUCCCGGCUC